AUGUUGCUACGCGAUGACGUCAUCACGCGCUGUCCCCGCCCCGUCCUUCUGUCUGGCCAGGACCGGAAGUUCCGUUCCGUCGUGAACUGGGACAGCAAACGUGUAUGUGUGGUAACAACAUGUCUGUGCCGCUGCUCGCCGAGGCCGUGACGGUGUCCGCGUUGGAGAAGGAGACCGCGGCGGUGAUCUUCCUCCAUGGCUUAGGGGACUCUGGGCAUGGGUGGGCCGACUCCUUGAGAGGGAUCCAGCUGCCUCACGUUAAGUUCAUCUGUCCCCAUGCGCCCGCUAUUCCUGUCACUCUCAACAUGAAGUCGAUGAUGCCCGCGUGGUUUGACCUCAUGGGUCUCAGCCCCGACUCCCCGGAAGACGAAUCUGGAAUCAAGAAGGCAGCAGAGAGCAUCAAGGCCAUAAUCGAACAUGAAGCCAAAAACGGGAUUCCACCCCACCGCAUCAUACUCGGCGGCUUUUCUCAGGGUGGGGCCCUGUCGCUGUAUACUGCCCUGACCUGCGAGUAUCAGGUAGCUGGCGUUGUGGCCCUCAGCUGCUGGCUUCCACUUCACCAGAGUUUCCCAUCGGCAUCAAGUGGCAACAAGAACAUCCCAAUCCUGCAGUGCCACGGCGAGACGGACUUCAUGAUCCCUGUGCAGUUUGGUGCCAUGACAGCUGAAAAACUUAAGAACAUAGUUAAUCCACAUAUGAUCACCUUCAAAACCUACCCAGGGCUCACUCACAGCUCCUGCCCUCAGGAGAUGGCAGCUGUAAAGGAAUUUAUUGAGAAGUAUUUGCCCCGAAUCUGACCUCACCUCAUCCUCACUGUGACCCCCUGAGACACUGACCACUCACCCCUGAUCUGCCAUUCUCCCACAGGAAAGAGCCAUGAGCACCCGCCCCCUCCACACACACCCGCAAGACAUCAUGCGUGAACACACACACACACACACACACACACACACACACACACACACACACACACACACACACACACACACACAUUUAGUAACGAUUUGAUCCUCUCUAAUGAAAACAUUUGCUUCUCAUGCAGUCCAGUCACACAACUGUAUUUGGUUUUCCUAUCUAAAGCCUGACAAGUAAAUAACAAGUCUUAGCCUUCGGAGGGAGAAAAAACAACUCACACAUUCCCUUUGCUUUUAUUUCAGCAAGCUUUUUCUGUUGUCUCCAUCUAAACCCCAGUUCUUAUCCUCUUUUGCUUGAUUGAGCUUCAUUUGGCCUUUUUUAAUUAUCUGACAUUGAUUAGCGAACUAACCACAAGCAUGAGCCGGUCAAGUAGCUUAACACCUACAUGAUACUGUGACCCAGGUAUAGCCUACUGUCUGUUAUAGUGACAUAAUAGAAGAGGCAGGAGAAUUGAACAAGACACAAUUUGAGAGAAUAUAGUUGUAGUAAUAGUAUAAGGUUACUCAAACUGUAGGGAAGAAGGGCUGUCGAUUGGUAUUUUGAGGCCAGUGCCAGCGAUUAAUAACAAUUAAAAGAAUAAUGGGAUAAUUUGCAUAUUUGCUGACUGCUGUUGUUGACCCACUCACCACGCUUGCUUCCACAGUUUGUUUACAACCACACCUGCCCUAUUCCCUCCUUGCUUUUUGCCACAUCACGUGAUGUGUCCUGUAUAGUUCCAGCUUGACAGCAGCUUCCAGCGGUUAACACCGGAGCAUCUGCUUUAUCUCACAUCCAUCCGUGCCACUGCCUCCCACCCCCAAAAUAAAGCUCUGCAGCUUGUCCAGGUUGUCACAUCACCUUUUGGAUUGAUUGUUAUAAAGUAUUCUGAAAUAAAAGGAAAACUUACCAAUUGAUACUUUGGCCACCCUGUGCUGUUUAUUCCAAAGCUUUCUCAUCUGGUUGUUAAUGGUCUUGUUCUGUGAUUUACAAUUUUUUACAUGAGCAUAUAUGUGUGCUGCAUGAAAUGAUGCGUGGUUGCAUCACACUACACACCAUGAGUUGCUUCACUUUCUCAUAAAGGUUUUAUGAUUUGGGGAGCAUCGACUUCAUAAACAACCACCUCUCCAUUAUUUCAUUGAUUUACACUAGUUAAAAAAUGGCUUCUUUUAUAGUUUUUGAAACAUCACAAAAAUAGUCUUGUUAAAGUGAAAUCUUAUUCAAAUUUCAAGACAAUUUAUUCCCAAGAAAACAUUCCCAUCCCACCUCCCUCCCUUGGCAACUUGUUGUAAGGUCAGAUUCAGAGCUAAACCAAACACUAUCAUGGCUAUACAACUGGAGGCUUUAGCAAGAAGCUGUUCCAACAUAACUUGGGUGAUUCCACAAAUUAAAUUACUAUAAAUUACUCUUCAACAACUAAUCCUUGGACAAUGCAGUGUAACUCCGAGGAGUUGUGUGUGCUUCGAAAUAUAUCAGGUGUUCUGGAUUUUCCUUUUGUGAUUGUUAAUUUUGUUCUUACUUGUUGUGUACUGUUGUUUUCGAACCUCCUUUUAAGACAAAACAGUGGAAAGGAGCAAAGACAUCUGUGUUGAUUGUUCACAAAUCAGUGAAUGUCUCUCUCUUAACCCUAAAUCUCUUAUGCACCCCUUUUUUCUUUUGUAUUUAGUCUAUUUUUUCUUCUCCUUGACAACUUUUUUUAAUCCUAUAUUUCCCCAUGCGUGACAAUGUUGCACUGUCUUGUGUGUUUUCACAUGGGUUUUUUGUUUUCAUCGGUUAAACAUUUUAAAUGUGUUCUUUGUUUAUUGGAGUUAUGGUUUGUUAUUGUAUUGUCAUCUCAUUCUGUUUUUGUGUUUGUUUAUAAUGAUGAGCAUUAAAAUAACAUGUUGAGGUGGUAAUGUUUUUUGUUUCCAAAACACUUGUAUGCAGAAAAAUAAACGGCAAAAGAAGUCCA